AUGGAUUCUAAUUUGCAAGAUCUCAUAAAGAAUUAUGCUCCUUUGUCUGAUUUCUGCCCAGACCCAAAUUAUUAAUUUGAUGAGUUUAAAGAUAGAUUAUUCCAGCCAUUCAGCAGAUAAGAAAAAGUAAGUAAAUGUUGUGAUUUUUCAAAAUAAACAUAAGUGCAAAAGGAUUUGGAAGAUGAAUAUGAGACAGUGGGUUAGAAAGUUGUCAAAAAGCCUGCUCAAAAAAAGAUAGGCUUUGUCCCUUAAUAAUAAUAACAAGUUGUGUAUCAAUCGUAUUAUCAAACUGGAAAGAAGAGCAAGAUGUCAUAGGCUGCAAAGAGAGUGAUUGUUUAUAAGAAAUGCAGAUUCAAGGACUCAAUUUCAAUCAAGACUGAUUGGAUUAGUAUUCAUGAGACACAAAAGUAGAAUAUUGAGAAGGUGUAAUAUUCAUUGAUUGACAUUAAAGAGAUCCAAAGCAUAGGAACAAUAAAAAAAUAUAACAAAGAAUUCGAUAAAGUGAGACCAAAUUAUGAGAAGAAGAUUUCCAUUAUAGGAGGAGAAGUUAUAUCAGGAUCUGUAUAGGACGAUAAAUAUUUUAAAUAACUGAUUGCAGAAAGGUAAGGAACAGAAGAGUUACCAACUAUUUACACAACUGAUAAAUUGUUAUUUGCAGUCUAAACACUCAAGUAUUCAAUUUACCCUUGGGAUAUUUUGGUAACUAAGAAAGGUAAUUCUUAUAUCUUUGACAAAUGUCCUUAAAACAGAAGUGAUUUAACAUAUUUGGAAUUGCAAACCAUAAAUGAAAAUAUUACAGUUGAUAUGCCUGAAGAUGAGAAGACAGUAAGAAAUUACUGUGAGGAAAGCACAAUUGCCUAGUUGAGUUGGUAAUUGUUAAGUACUUACAAUCAACCAGUGCUCUUUUCAAAUUCAUUACAAAAUGAUGAAGAGGCUGAACAAAACGAUUAAGCUGAAAAAUAUCUUUUUUCAGAAGAUCUUUGUUUCAAAUAUUUGGAAGUCUCAGUAAAGGAUAGGAUUGAGAAAGCCGCUAAAGGUGAGGAAGUGAGAGCCGGAUAAGACAGAUUUAAAGUCGUAGUGAGAACUACAGUCGAAGCUGAAAACAAUGAUGGACAACCAGUGUUGGUGAAGUCAUUGAAUGAAUGUGAGACACCUCCCGAUUGGAAGAAAUCGUUGUUAUCUUAAGCUGGUAUUACUACUAAUACUGCUUAGGUGUAUAAUACCAACAAUAUUGCUAAGUGGUUGUGUUAGGCAUAAUUAUUAGAGAGCGAAGAAAUCAAGGUUGGUUAUUUGGCUAGGUAAAAUUAAAAGGAUCAAGACAAACACUCUUUAUUGUUAGUGGAAACAUUCACAUAAAGAGAUUUGGCUGCCAUCAUUAACUUUAAAUCUGUUGAGAUUUGGCAAAGUGUGAGAUAUUUGGUUGAUUAUCUGAAGACUUAAGAGGAUGGGGUGUAUGUUCUCUUAAAACAAGCUUAUAAAUAAUCAAUUAGAAUAUUCAACAUGACUAGGAUUCAUUAUGAUAUUAUUUGGUAUAUUAUUAAAGUAAUAAUAAUUAAUCACUAUAAAUUAAAAUUUUAGAUAUAAUAUUCUCAGAAUUUAUACAUUUUGAAUUAAAUUAAAAAGAGAUUUUAAUUUUUUCUAUAAACAAUCAUGGCUAGAGGACCUAAGAAACACAUGAAGAGAAUCACAGCACCAAAAAGUUGGAUGCUUUCAAAGUUAGGAGGAAAUUGGACCACAAGACCCUCAUAAGGACCUCACAAGUUGAGAGAAUCAAUCCCAUUGUCUGUUAUAUUGCAACAAAAAUUGAAAUAUGCUCUCUAUGCUAGAGAAGUCUAAAUGAUUCUUGCUGAUAAGGACGGCAAUAUUAAAGUUGAUGGAAAAGUGAGAUCUGACUUUGGAUAUCCAGUCGGAUUAUAGGAUGUCAUCACAAUCGACAAGACAAGAGAGAGUUACAGAGUGUUGUAUGAUGUCUAAGGAAAAUUCAUUUUAAAAUCCAUCAAACCAGAUGAAGCUAAGUUCAAGCUUGUGAAGGUUACUCAAAAGAAGGUUGGACCAAACAACGUUCCCUACAUUGUUACCAAUGAUUCCAGAACAAUCAGAUAUCCAAAUCCAGAAAUUCAUGUUAAUGAUACUCUCAAAAUCGAUUUGGAAACUGGCAAGAUCGUCGAUUUCAUCAAGGAAGAACCAGGAAACAUUUGCUAUAUUAUUGGAGGAAAUAACAUCGGAAGAGUCGGACUCAUUCAACACAGAGAAAGACAUCUUGGAUCUUUUGAUAUUGUUCAUGUCAAAGACUCAAAUGGAAAACACUUUUCCACCAGAAUUAACAACAUCUUCACUAUUGGUAAAGGAAAGAAAUCCUUGAUUUCACUCCCAGACGAUAAUGGUUUGUAUUUGACUGCUCUUGAAAAGAAAUAAGCUAGAGAACAUCAUGAAGAAUAAUAAAAAUAAUGAUAUUUUAAAAGUAUAGUACAUAUUUACAAACAAAAUAGAUAAUUAUGAAUU